AUGCCAGCCCUCGAACCCGACACCUCCCCACCGCCAUCGGCGCCGGACUACCAAACCCACACCCACAAUUACACUCACGAAGACGAAGAAGAAGACGACUAUGAAACCCUCCCCCACCCCAAUUACCCAGAGGAAUCAUCAUCAUUAUCAGAAGAAGAAGACUACUACGCCCUCCUCAACCUCCCCCGCGACCCCCCACCAACCGACACCCAAAUCCGCUCCGCCUACCGCACACUCACCCUCUCCUUCCACCCGGACAAACAACCGGCCCAUCUAGCCGAGACAGCAAAGCGACACUUCGAACGUAUUCGGACGGCGUACGAGACGUUAAUCGAUGGGCGGAAACGCGUGGUCUAUGAUCUUUUGGGGGCGGAGGGGGUGCGUGAGGAGUUUGAUGGCGUCUCCGCCGCCGGGAAUGCGAACGAGCAUGGUGGUGGUAGUGGUGGUGAAGGCUCGCGGGGGAAAGAGUGGAGGGUGGGUGUUAAGGUUAAGAGUCCUGAGGAAUUUCGGCGGUGGUUUCUUGAGAGGAUGAAGAGGAGGGAGCGGAAGGCGGUUAAUGCGUUGGUUGAGGGGAAGGGUACGUUUACUUUGGGGAUUGAUGCGUCGGAUAUGAUUUCCGUCGAUAAAGGCGCUGGGGAGGUUUAUUUGCAUGUGCCGGACCCCAAGUUGGCGAAUUUUGGCGUUGGGUUCUCGUUCAAGGCGCCUUUGCCGACUUGGGGGAAUAUUUUUGGGGAGGAGGAGGAGGAGGAGGAGGGCGAUGGUGACGAUGAGGACGAGGCGGAGGAGGGUGGCUCCAGACAAAAAGAUCUUGCGUCGCUUGCUGAUGGCCCUGAGAUGGUCAUUAAUGCUGGAAUCUCGGGCAAGAUUCGCCAUUUGACCCAGAAAUUGGAGAUCCGGGUCCAGGAUCAGGAGCCGGAGAUUAGAGAGGUUCCUGUCCCGUUGGUCAUCUCGACCAAAGAAUUGCAACUGGGACUCGGCGCAAGCCACACCUUUGCGGAUCUAUCGGGCUCCAAGGGCAUCCUGGGAAAUCCGUCCUUAAGGUUUCUUCAGUAUUCGGCUCUCUCGGUAAAUGCCUCCGUGCUGCCCUUCCCCGAGCUCGAUGUCAGCUGGGCGAAACCCUUUACCCUUGUCCCCGGCACGAGACCCUUCCAGCUGGAGUUAAACACUGUCUUUCAGCAGCCGGUUUGGACUGCGCCCCCGAUGCUGGGGGCCCGGCUGUCCAAGCAGAUCGGCGACAAGAAACAUGUGUUCGCCAAUUGGUCGAGUGGAACGCUCACCUGGCCGCUUGGCUUCCUCCAAUUCCUCAAUCCCAAAUUCGAGGUUCGAGAUGCGUUCGAAAAUAUCCUCUUUAUCCCAGGACAACUGAGCCAAUUCCAGUUCGGUGUCUUGUCCCGGCCGACGACUAAGUACGUGGCUAGUGUCGACGACGACAUUGACGACGGCGAGGCCGAGGAAGACAUCGAGUUCGAGAAUGUCCGCUCCAAACGCCGCAAGGCCAACAAUGCUGCAGAGGCGUGGCAAUUAGGUGCCGCCGUUAGUCCGAUGAUGGGUGGUCUGUCAUUCAGCUACUCCCGCAAUAUCUUCUCCGGAAAGCCGUCCACCGACGCGCCGCUUUCCCAAUGGAGCUCCGAGGCUCACUAUCAUCUACCCCAAGGGAAAGAGCCACGGUCAGUCCGGCUUGCGGUUCAGAGUACGGUUGGGUUCGAUCUAUCGCUGGGCUGGCAUAUCGAGGGAUCCCGUCGGGUUGGUGGGUUGACACGUAUGGGGCUGGGUGUUGGCGUUCAGUCGGCGAAUGGACUCGUCAUGACCGUCUCUUGGAGCCGCCUGGGCCAGAAGAUCAAGUUGCCGAUUACCGUCUGUCCUUUCGAAGCGGCCAAUGCUGAUGCCGCUGCGUUGGCCGUUCUGCUCCCUUGGGUCGCGUACUGCGCGCUAGAGUUUGGAUUUAUCCGCCCGAGGGAACGCCGGAACCACCGUCGGGUGAUCGCUCGACGACAGAAGCAGCUGAAGAAGCUGGUGCCGAAGAAGCGGGAGGAGAGCCAGCAGGCCAUCCAGUUGAUGAUGGAUCAGGUGCAACGGCGUCGUGAUCGGGAGGCCAGUCACGAUGGCCUGGUGAUCACCCGGGCCGAAUAUGGCCACUAUCCCAAGAACAACAAGAAGAGGAGUGAUGGCAGCGAUAGGGAGCCUGAGGUGGCUGAUGUCACUGUCCCGGUCAUGGCGUUAGUUGACAACGGCCAGUUGGUGAUUUCCAAGGACACGGCCAAGUUCCACAUCCUCGGGUUCUACGACCCGGCGCCUCUCCUGCCCAAGACAUUGAAGAUCUGGUAUACGUAUCAUGGAAAGGAACAUUAUGUGGAGGCGAGUGACAAAGAGGGCGUUGCCUGCCCGAUGCGCUCGCAUAUGCUGUAA